CCAUCGAUCCCAGCACGACCGAAGCCACAGCCACCACGCCUACAGGAUCUUCAGCGAGUCUGCAAUGGACACGCCCUCGCCGCCGCCGUCGUCCGCGGAGCAAGAGGAGUACCGGACGGUGUGGUCGGCGCCGCCCAAGAAGCCGGCGGGGCGGACCAAGUUCCGGGAGACGCGGCACCCGGUGUUCCGCGGCGUGCGGCGCCGCGGCCAGGCGGGGGCGGGGCGGUGGGUGUGCGAGCUGCGCGUCCCGGGGCGGCGCGGCUCGAGGCUCUGGCUCGGCACCUUCGCCACGCCCGAGCUGGCGGCGCGCGCGCACGACGCCGCCGCCAUCGCUCUCUCCGGCCGCGCCGCCUGCCUCAACUUCGCCGACUCCGCGUGGCUGCUCCCGCCGCUGAUGCCCGCGGCGCUGGCCAGCGCGCGCGAGGUCAGGGACGCGGUCGCCGAGGCCAUCGGGGCGUUCCGGCGGCGCUCGGAGGAGUCGGCAUCGGCGGCGGCAUCGCCAGCGGCGGAGACGACGGCAGACGAGGACGAGGAGGGCAGUGGCUCUUCUGGCGCAACGCCGUCGCUGGACGUCACGUUCGAGCUCGACGACAUGUUCAGAUUCGGCGGCAUGGUUGAUUCCGGAUCGUACUACGAGAGCUUGGCGCAGGGGCUGCUCGUGGACGCGCCGGCCGCCGCCGGAGCGGGAGCGUGGUGGGAGGACGUCGAGCAUGGCACCGUUGACAUCGCACUGUGGAGCUACUAGCGCUAUAGCAACCUGCUUCUCACAAAUUCCAGAUGGUUUUGUUUCCCAAUCGAGAGAAACAGUGCAUCGGAUAGUGAGGAAUUUUGCAAUUUUAGAAUCAGUGUUGUGCUAGCUCUCUUGUUGCUCAUGCUUCCUUUCUUAUUUGGGGAAGCUAAUUUGUAAUUUUUUUUGUAGAAAUAAAGAAGAAUGGCUCAGACAUUUUCUAAAAAUCUGGGGACCACUUCUGUUUGAAACAUAUACAUAGCAAGAUUGGCACGCUACGCCGCGCCUAUGCCCGUAGAGGAUGCGCUUCAGUGUAAUUGGUGAUGAAGAGAUAAAAUGUAGAUAAGAGCGCUCUCUGAUUUGGAGUGUA